CUUAUCACUUCCGCCUUUGGUCCCGCCUUUCGUGCAACCAUGGGACGCAUGCACGCUCCUGGAAAGGGAUUGUCCCAAUCUGCGUUGCCAUACAGGCGCAGUGUACCUACAUGGCUCAAACUAACAUCUGAUGAUGUGAAGGAGCAAAUCUUUAAGCUGGCCAAAAAGGGCCUGACCCCUUCCCAGAUAGGAGUGAUCCUCAGAGACUCCCAUGGUGUGGCACAAGUGCGCUUUGUUACUGGCAAUAAAAUCCUGAGAAUCCUGAAGUCCAAAGGCCUGGCCCCUGACCUGCCUGAGGACCUCUACCACCUCAUCAAGAAGGCUGUCGCUGUCAGAAAGCACCUGGAGAGGAACAGAAAGGACAAAGAUUCCAAAUUCCGCCUGAUUCUAGUUGAGAGCAGAAUCCACCGGUUGGCUCGUUAUUAUAAAACUAAGAGGGUACUGGCACCUAACUGGAAGUACGAAUCUUCCACAGCCUCGGCUUUGGUGGCUUAAAUCUUAACUUUUAGACUAAAUAAAAGUAAAUUUCAAACUCAAAA